UAUCCAGACACACCUAUCCCUCGGUGUAUAACUAUUACAGAUAUUACCGAAAAUAGUUACAAUAGUUACAAUGGCUACAAAACUGACUUACUUUGAUGGCAGGGGUAGAGCAGAAAUAAUAAGGAUAAUGUUGGCCGGAGUAGGAUUAGAGUACACCGAGGAAUAUCUUACCAGCAAAGAACAAUGGGAGGAGUUAAAAAAGAGUGGUAAAUUAUUGUACAACCAAGUACCGUUACUGGAGAUAGAUGGUUUAGAAUUGGUACAGACUGGAGCUAUUGUUAGAUACCUAGCUAAGAAAUACAACAUGUAUGGUUCAAACGAACUGGAGGCUGUCAAAAUAGACAUGUACUAUGAAGGAUCAAGGGACUUCUAUUCAGUUUUUAUAGCUAUGGUCUUCACCGACGAAAACGAAUGUUUGAAAAAAGUAAAAGAGGUUAUGUUACCGAAAUAUUUUCCUGUAUAUGAAAAGAUUUUGAAAAAUUGCAACACAAAAUACCUUGUGGGUGAUGUCGUAAGUUUUGCUGAUGUAGGUUUGCUUGAGUGCCUAUUGGCUGUAGAAGAAUUCCUUGGCAUGGAAUCAAUAGAUUCAUACCCUAAAAUAAAGGAAUACUAUCAGAAAAUGAAAGCAGAAGACAGAAUAUCCACAUUUUUGAAAGGACCACACAGGAAGAAGAGGAAUACUGAAGAAUAUGUGGCAACGGUUAAAAAAGUCUUAUACUGAACGAUUUCUAUUAAUUCAUACCAAUAAAAUUGAGAAUACAAGUUAUAACAUGUAAUUUGUAUUCUUUUCUGAUUUUUGAAUAAAUUCCAUAUGACGA